UUCGGAACCGGGCACGCAGCGGCUCGGCCCUCCCAGGCUUUCGCCUUGCUGCUCCCGGGGCCCCUAGCUUGCGCAUCUUGUCAGCCUCUUCAAGCAGCCCCCGCAGCCUCCAAAGACACAUCAUGACUCUGCAAGGCCCAUGUUGGGCAAGGAGAGGAUCUGGAGUCUUCCUUACAGCCUGUGGUCCUCCAGCUCAGAUUCUGCUGGCCUUGGUGGUUCUACUGUGCAUGGAAAAUGGCCAAGGCCACUGGGAUGAGACUCUGGAAUCUGCAGGUCCAGGUCAUGUGAGAAGACAAGGCAGGCCUGCCAUCAUUUUGCAGGGGCCUAAUGUAUGUGGUUCCCGCUUUCAUGCCUACUGCUGCCCUGGCUGGAGGACUCUGCCUGGCAGGAAUCAGUGUAUAGUGCCUGUCUGCAGACACACCUGUGGCAAUGGCUUCUGCUCCCAGCCCAACCUGUGUACCUGUAUGGACGGGACCCUGGCCCCCAGCUGUGGAGUAAAUAGAGCAUCACUGGGGUGUAGCAUGAGCUGCAUGAAUGGGGGCAGCUGCCACGGGGAAUCCUGUCUCUGCCAGAAAGGCUACACAGGCACUGUGUGUGGACAGCCUAUCUGUGUCCAUGGCUGCCGUAAUGGAGGACGCUGCAUCGGGCCAAACCUCUGCGCAUGUGUAUAUGGAUUCACAGGGCCUCAGUGUGAGAGAGACUACCAGAUGGGGCCGUGCUUCCCCCAAGUGAGACCUGAGGGGUGCCAGCGCCAGCUGACAGGUCUCAUGUAUACCAAAGCUCUCUGCUGUGCCACUGUGGGCCAUGCCUGGGGACUUCCCUGCCAGCUCUGCCCGGCACAGCCACACCCCUGCCGCCGAGGCUUUAUCCUAAAUGUUCACACAGGAGCCUGCCAAGAUGUGGAUGAGUGCCAAGUCAUCUCAGGCCUGUGCCUGGGUGGCAGCUGUCUCAAUACAGUGGGCUCCUUCGAGUGUCGCUGUCCUGCUGGACACCAGCUCAAUAUCAGAGGCACCGAAUGUGAAGAUCGCCGGGUGGGCACCUGCUUCUCGGUGCUUAUCAGGGGUCAGUGUGCUGCAGACCUCACUGGCCACUAUACUUACGGACAGUGCUGCUGUGACAAGGGCAGGUGCUGGGCGCCUGGUCCAUCACCAAAGCUGUGUCCCUCCCGGGAUUCUGGUGAAUUCCUGAGACUGUGUGCCCAAGGGCUCCCACUGCUGCCUGCCUAUGCAGACCUCUUCCCUGGACUCUCAGAAGUUGGAUCCAACAACCUGGGGCCUGCCCUGAGGCCAGCACAACACAACCCCCAUGGUUCCCGUGUGCAUGGAGUCCCCACACUGAUCUCUGGCAACUCUAACUACGGUAUCCCUGUUGGCUCCACUGCAAACACAGCCACUCUGGACCAGAUCGUGGACAUCUGUUACCACUUCACCAUCUUGUGCCUCAGUGGUUGCUGCCCUCCCACACCUUCCAGCUACCACCGUGAAUGCAACUUGGGCUAUACCUAUGAUUUACAUGGAGAAUGGACCAGCAAGGGUCUUUUGUGCAAAGAUGUGAGCAAGUGUACCAGCAGCUGUGGUAACUGUGCUAACACUCCUGUCCACUACUGCCAUUUCUGUGAAGGUUUCCAGGCCAUGCUCACCAAGGAGGUGUGUGUGUAUAUGGAUGAGUGUAUCAUCCAUGGGGACCUUUGCCACCUAGGCAACAGAGAGGGCAGCUUUCAGUGUGUGUGCCAUGCAGGUUUCAAGCUCAGGUCUGAUGGAGGAGUUGCAGGGCGUUCCCUGAGCCUUGUAGGAAAUGUGAGGUUGGGGCUGUGUUUCCUGCGUUGGGGUGAGGAAGACUGUGGAACUGCCCUGCCUGGCAAGUACCAGAUGGAUGUCUGUUGCUGCUCCAUCGGGACCUCAUGGGGAGCUGAGUGCAAGGUUUGCCCGGAGCCCAGCUCCCCAGAAUUCUCCAGCCUGUGUCCCCAAGGGCUGGGCUUUGCCAGCCAGGACUUCCUGUCUGGCCGACCCUUCUAUAAAGAUGUGAAUGAGUGCAAGGUGUUCCCCGGCCUGUGCACACAUGGCACCUGCCGCAAUUCCAUGGGCAGCUUCCACUGCACCUGUGACAAAGGCUUUACCCCGGAUGCCCAAGAGAGGAACUGUACAGACAUCGAUGAAUGUCGGAUCUCCCCUGACCUCUGCGGCCAGGGUACCUGUGUCAACACCCCAGGCAGCUUCGAGUGUGAUUGUUUUCCUGGUUUCACUAGUGGCUCUUUACUGAUGAAGAACUGCGUGGAGGUGGAUGAAUGUGCCGGGAACCCGCUGCUCUGCCAGGGAGGCACAUGCGUCAACACGGAAGGGAGCUAUGAGUGUCACUGUCCCUCUGGACAUGAGCUGAAGGCCCAAGGCACUGCCUGUGAAGGUGAGCUUGCAGCAAGGUGUGCAAGAGAGUGGCAGGGUCUGACACGUGCUCACAUCUGUGUGUCUAUCCAAAUGCACAGGGUAAAUGUGAGAUGGUCCCUGGCAGAUGUGGACGAGUGUGCUUUGGGAAACUUGUGCGUGUUUGGGAACUGUGAAAACCUGCCUGGAAUGUUCCGCUGCAGCUGUGAUGAAGGCUAUGAGCUGGACCAAAGUGGAAGCAACUGCACAGGUAUGGAGUGGGCCUGGCUGGGGAGUAAGAGCACAGGACUGAGACUUCCUCAAUUCCUGACAGAUAUCAACGAAUGCCAGGAGCUACCCAGACUAUGCCAGGGAGGCAACUGCACCAACACCUUCGGUACCUUCCAGUGUGAGUGCCCUCUUGGAUACAGCCUCAGUGAAGAUACCUGCACCUGUGAGGGGGUACUGUCCUGCAGCAUCUAUUCUUACAUCUGUGACCCUGGCACAUGCUACAAAGACUUAGGAAAUUACACCUGUGUCCACCCUGCAGAGUGCCUGCAGGUCAAUGGUGGCAACGACUGUAUGGACAUGAAGAAGAGCGUGUGUUUCUGGUGCUAUUAUGGUUCAUGCGAAAAAAAACUGACCUUCGGUGUGACCCAGAAGAUGUGUUGCUGCUCCUACAACAUGGGGCAGGCCUAGAAUAGACCCUGUGAAGCCUGUCUACCCCUGCCAGCUGUGACUGAGUACCAGCUCCUCUGUGGGAAGCAAGUGCCAGGGUUCAUUGCUGACAUCCACACAGGGAAGGUUCUCGAUAUCAGUGAGUGUGGGGAGAUUCCAGCCGUCUGUGCCCACAGUGUCUGCACCAACCACAGUGGAAGCUUCCACUGCGAAUGCCCCAUUGGCUUCAACUACAGUAGAAACUUUCGGGCCUGCCCAGAUGUGGAUGAGUGUGCCCAUGGAAAGAGACUGUGCCAGAGGGGCGCAGUCUGCAUCAGUGUCCCUGGAAGUCAUGAAUAGUGUGCCCAGGGAUUCAAGCUGUCCCCAGUAGGACCUGUGUGGGGUUUGAAGGAGUGUUUGGACAUCCCAAAUGUCUGUAGCCAUGGUGACUGCAUGGACACGGGGAUGGCUAUGUGUCUCUGUCACCACGGCUUCCAAGCCUCACCUGACCAAACCAUGUGCCUAGACCUUGAUGAAUGUGACCAGAAGCCACGUGGAAAUGGGACCUGCAGGAAUAGUGCUGGCUCCUAUAAGUGCCUGUGUUUCCCUGGCUUUGUGGUGACACGCAACAGUGACUGUGCAGACAUUGACGAGUGUUCCACCCUGGUGGGGCAAGUGUGUCAGCUUGGCCAAUGCCUCAACACAGCCGGUUCCUUCCACUGCCUCUGCCAAGAUGGCUUUGAGCUCACAGCUGACAAGAAGGACUGCAUGGAUAUCAACGAAUGUCUGAGGCUCCCAGGGACCUGCCUGCCAGGCACCUGUCAGAACUCGGAAGGCUCCUUCCAGUGCACCUGCCCCCCUGGCUUCGAGGUGCAGAGCGGCCAUUGUAUUGAUACUGACGAAUGCUUGGAGGAGCCCAGCCUCUGCUCUUUUGGCACCUGUACCAACAGUCCUGGGACCUUCCAGUGCCUCUGCCCGCCUGGCUUCGUCCUCUCUGACAGUGGACACUAUUGUUUCUACACUCGCCAGAGUUUUUGCUUCACCCAGUUUGAGGCCGGAAAGUGUUCAGUGCCCAAAGCUUUCAACACCACAAAGACCCAGUGUUGCUGCAGCAAGAACCCUGCCGAGGGGUGGGGGGACCCCUGUGAGCUGUGCCCUCAGAAUGACAGUGUUACUUUUCAAGAGCUCUGUCCCUUUGGCCAUGGGGCUGACCCAGGCCCAGAUGACUCCAGAAAAGAUGUGGAUGAGUGUGCAGAGAAUCCUGGCAUCUGCACUGGUGGCCUCUGUGUCAACACUGAUGGCUCCUUCCAUUGCGAGUGUCCCCUCGGCUACAGCCUGGACUUCAGCAGCAGCACCUGCGUUGACACAGAUGAAUGCUCCAUUGAGAACCCCUGUGGGGAAGGCAUGUGCACCAACGUCUUUGGAGGUUUCAAGUGCACAUGUACUGAUGGCUUUGAGCCCGGCCCCAUGAUGACCUGUGAAGACAUUGACGAGUGCACCCUGAAUCCACUGCUCUGUGCUUUCCGCUGCCACAACACUGAGGGCUCCUACCUAUGCACCUGCCCAGCUGGCUACGCACUGAGGAAGGAUGGUGCCAUGUGCCAAGAUGUGGACGAGUGUGCAGAUGGGUCUCAGGAUUGCCACACCCGAGGCAUGCUGUGCAAAAACCUCAUUGGCACUUACAUCUGCAUCUGCCCGCCUGGCAUGCAACCCCAGCCCUCUGGGGAGGACUGCACAGAUGAGGACGAAUGCCAGGCCCAGUCCAGCCUCUGUGCCCACGGCCGCUGCAUCAACACAGUGGGAAGCUUCCGGUGUGAUUGUGAUGAGGGCUUCCAUCCCAGCUCCACCCUCACUGAGUGCCAUGAUAUCCGGCAGGGGCUCUGCUUCUCUGAGGUGCUGCAGGCCAUGUGCCAGAGUUGGUCAAGCAGUGGUGAGGCCGUGCCCAGAGCCGAGUGCUGCUGCGGGGGCGGCCGGGGCUGGGGCCCCCAUUGUGAGCCCUGUCCCUUGCCUGGCACCUCCGCCCACAGGAAGCUCUGCCCCCAUGGCAAGGGCUAUAGCACCGAGGGCCAAGAUGUGGAUGAAUGUCACAUGUUUGCCGACCUGUGCCCCCAUGGCGAGUGCAUCAAUAGCAUUGGUUCCUUCCACUGUGACUGCCAAGCUGGGUAUACACCAGAUGCCACUGCCACUGCCUGCAUGGACGUGGACGAGUGCGGCCAGGACCCCAAGCCAUGUUCCUUCCUCUGCAAAAACACAGAGGGUACCUUUCUGUGCGCCUGCCCCCGUGGCUACCUGCUGGAGGAAGAUCUCAGGACCUGCAAAGACCUGGAUGAGUGCGCCUCCAGGCAACACAACUGCCAGUUCGUCUGUGUCAACACCGUGGGCGCCUUCGCCUGCCGCUGUCCCCCUGGCUUCACACAACACCAGCAAGCUUGUUUCGAUAAUGAUGAGUGCUUGGCCCAACCUGGCCUGUGCGGUACCCAUGGACACUGCCAAAAUACCCCAGGCAGCUUCUACUGUGAGUGUAACAGAGGCUUCAUCCUGGACAGCUCUGGCCACAGCUGUGAAGAUGUAAACGAGUGUGGCAGGCCCCACCGCUGCCAGUUUGGCUGUCAGAAUGAGCUGGGGGGCUACCGUUGUAGCUGCCCCCAAGGCUUCACCCAGCAUGCCCAGUGGGCCCAGUGUGUGGGUGAGUGGCCAGGGCUGGGAGGAAGCCAAGUACACUGCAUCUCCAGCCCUGGGUUCAGCUCUGGAUCUCAGGCCACCCCAGAUAAGGAAGAAUUACCUUCGCCCUAUGAAAUUGCCAUCGGGACUACAACCUGCGUGGUGAAGAGAUACAGCUACCACACUAACAGGUGCUAUCUGAGGGUGAGCCUGGCCACCCUCGACACGGAAGUCCCCUUGACCUUGAGCCUGUACAUCUCACACCUUGGCCAAGUCAAGCACAUCUUAGAAUUUCGACCAGCUCUUGAGAGUCUGGGAGGCCAGAUCCGUUACGUUAUUGCCAGAGGCAACGACCAAGGUUUCUUCUGCAUGAAUCACCUGGAUGGCUUCAGCUCCCUGCACCUGGGCCAUAGGAGACCAAGACGGGGGAAAUACCAGCUGGAGGUGGUGAGUGUAGCAGGAGCUCGGGGUCAACCAGGGCCAGCAAAGCGAGCCUUGCGGCUAACAGUCCAAUUACAGCUGCUCUAGCAGAGAAGCUCAGUGCACCUACAGUUCCCAUGACAUCUGAAAGUGGAGAUUCUGGAACUGGCUAGAACUGAUCUCGGGGGCAAAAGCUGACCAAGUUGAACCUCAAAACUCAGGAAGAGUUACAUUACACUAUGACCUCAGAUGAACCCAGCCUGUGCAAGCCCACCAGGUGAUCCCAUCUGAGGUGGGGCAAUACCUCAAUCUCUCCUGGACUCAACUAGAAGUCACGACACUCAGCCCCCUACCCCACAGCCAGGGUCAGCAGGAGGGACCCCUGGUAUUCACUGCGUCUUGUCAUCCUCAAGCUUAAACUUCAAGACUGCACUAUGAUUCACCAAGGGUAUUGGUGGGACAUGGGAACAAGUGACUAGGGUGGGUGUGGGGGCCAGCCCUCAGAAUCAAAAUGGGAGCCUUGUCCCCCACAUCUUGACUACCAGAUUCAUUCCCCAGAGCCUGGGCUAGGGUUCUAAAGAUCCUUUUCUAUUGAAACUGAAGAAAACAAUAAAGGACUUGGGGGUUGAA